GGUGGACCCGGAAGGAGAACGAGAAGCGGGGCUGCUCUGGCCCUAGAUGUUAUUGGUCUACGUCGUCCGGGCGGUGGAGGAGCUUUUCCGCGUAAUCCGCGGAGCGCUUCGAAGGCGAUGCCGAGUGGCAAAGUAUCCGAGCUCAGAAAGGGGAGAUUUAUUUAUUUAGUUUUAUUAUCUUUGUAGGUCUGUAGAACAGGGUGGCCCUUUCCCGCCUUUUCUAUUCCCAGAAAGGGUUGAAUCGGUCGGCUUCUUCCAUUGGGGUUGUUUCAUCCAGCCGGUGAUGCGGGCGAGGCUUCACCGGGUGGAUUUCUACCUGUGAUGCGGAUUUUUCGGGGUUCAGAAGCAAAAGGAGGGGGCAAAAGGGAAGCUUUGGUUUUGAUUGUGAAUCAGUAAAAAAAAUGUUCAGGAAAGGAAAAAAGCGGCAUAGCAGCAGCAGCUCACAAAGCAGUGAAAUCAGUACUAAAAGCAAAUCAGUGGACUCUAGCCUUGGAGGUCUUUCAAGAUCUAGUACUGUUGCUAGUCUGGAUACAGACUCUACGAAGAGUUCAGGCCAAAGUAACAGCAAUUCAGAUACUUGUGCUGAAUUUCGGGUGAAAUAUGUUGGUGCCAUUGAAAACCUGAAUCUUGAUGAAAGCAAAACAUUAGAGGGACCCCUGGACUUGAUUAAUUAUAUAGAUGUGGCACAGCAAGAUGGAAAACUGCCCUUUGUUCCUGGGGAAGAAGAAUUUAUUAUGGGUGUUUCCAAAUACGGUAUUAAAGUCACAUCAUUGGACCAGUGUGAUGUUUUGCAUAGACAUGCACUCUACCUAAUUGUCCGGAUGGUCUGCUAUGAUGAUGGCUUAGGAGCAGGGAAGAGUGUACUGGCUUUGAAGACAACAGAUUCAAACGCUGAAGAAUAUCAUCUUUGGAUUUACCAGUGCAAUAGUUUGGAACAAGCACAAGCUAUUUGUAAAGUGCUGUCCACAGCCUUUGACUCAGUUUUAACAUCUGAAAAGUCCUGAAUACUGUAUUGGUACGUGAUCCUGAAAAAGAAGGUCUUCUUCCAAUGACUUCAACACCUGGAGAGAUAAAGUUCUUAUCUGCUCCAGAAUACUUUUUAAAUUAUUUUGGUAUAAUGUUUAAACAAUAUAUAAUUUUGUCAUUACUGUUAUUAAACAAUGGCACCAAAAAUC